AUGGCGGUGCUGGCAGGAAGCUCGACGGCGUCCGAGCCCAUGCGGCUUCUGCUCCUGGCGCUGCUCGCCUACGCCGCCGCCGGCGCCUCGAUCUGCGACACGGCCAUCUGCGGCAGGGGCAACUGUACCGAGUUGCCGGAGCUGGUCCCCGGCAUUCCCAUCUACGAGUGCCACUGCGACCCCGGCUGGUCCCAGGCUUGGAAGGCCGUCCGCUUCUCGCCCUGCAUCGUCCCAAACUGUUCCUUCGACGGCACCUGCUUGAACCUCAGCCUGACGCCGCCCACAGGCAUACCCAAGGACGUCUGCGCCGUCGUGAGCUGCGGAGCCGGCGGCGCGUGCAAGACGGGCGGCGCCGCCCUCUUCAGCUACACCUGCGAGUGCCAGCCAGGCUACGCCAACCUGCUCAACCAAACCGCGCUGCCCUGCGUCAAGAACUGCUCCGUUCCGUCGCGGCGUCUACGGCAGCUCCUGUUGCUGGUCACGCUCGCCAUGGCGCAGGUCAUGUAG